AAACAGAAAAAGACUUGGCUGAUCAACUAGUGAAGGAGAGGGAGACGCUCACACUUCGCUCUCUGAGCUUCGUGCUAUUUGCCAGCUUCAGCAAGAACUUAUUACAGUCAGCAGCAGACUGUGCCGCAUCAUGCUGUGGAUGAAGUGGAAGAUGGUGGCGGACUCCCUGCGUGGACGAAGAAGGAGGCUGCCCUGUUCCCUCUGGUUCCUCCUGCUGUUCGCGGCUGGAGGUCUGGUUCUCUUCAUGCACCAGCGGGAUCUGUCAGAGAUGGUCCAGCAACAUGGUCCAGUUUCAGAAAAAGCCAAAGAAAGAGGAGCAGCGGCAGGUCCCUCAUCAUCUCCUGCUAAUGUUGCCGAGGACAGAAAACAAGUUUCAGAAACAGCCAAAGAGAGUGGAGCAGCUGCAGGUCCCGUGUCAUCUGAUGUUAAUCCUACCGAGGACGUGAAAAAAGGCGUGAAGCUUGGAAGCACUCCGCGGCAGUCCAGAGAGACUCUUUCUACGCAGGACAAAGAGAGAGGCAAAUCUGACAAUAAUCAGGACAACAAAGCAGCAGACGGCAUCUUGUCCAGUCCAAUCCCUCCAAUGCAGUUCCCACACUUUGAGGAGAGUCGACAGACAGCCACCCCUGGGUCUCGGGAGCAGAGUAAACAAACACCCACCCCUGGGUCUCGGGAGCAGGACAUAACCUCCCUUCAUGUCACCAAAAGACAACGCAAACUACUGAAAACAAGUCCCCCAAUCCAUCACACCCCCAAAAAAGAUUCAUCGUCGUCCUCUUCUUCCUCCUCAUCCUCCUCUUCCUCCCCUUCUCCCUCUGGCUCUUUCACCCUUGACAGGUGGAAACAGCUCGCCGAUAUUCAGAGUGCACGCCGGCAACUAAUGAAGGAGAUGUGUGCCAAGUACAAAAGCAGCAUCUCUAAGACCGUCACCGCUCAUCAUGUGAGAAACAUCUUUGUGGAGGACAAGUACAAGUUGUUGUACUGCCAGGUACCCAAGGCUGGCUGUUCCAACUGGAAAAGGACCCUGAUGGUGCUGGGGGGCCAGGCCCAAAAUGCUCAGAGCAUUACACACGACACAGUCCACGAUGGCCACCAUCUCAGGGAGCUUAAUUACUACGACCGACAAGGAAUCAUGCGCCGUCUGGAGACCUACACCAAAAUAAUAUUUGUCCGAGAGCCCUUGGAGAGAAUGGUGUCGGCUUACCGGGACAAGUUUGAAAAUCCCAACAACUACUACCACUCCCUGUUUGGGAAACCCAUCAUUGCAAAGUACAGAGCGAACCCGUCCAAAGAGGCCCUGAAGACAGGCAGUGGGGUCACAUUCAAGGAGUUUGUCCAGUACCUGCUGGACGUACACAGGCCCGUGGGAAUGGAUAUCCACUGGGAUCAGGCAAACCAGCUCUGCAACCCGUGUCUCAUAGACUAUGAUUUCAUCGGCAAGUUUGAGAACAUGGAGGAAGAGUCCAACUUUCUCCUGCGAUUGACUGGGGCGCCACCCAAUGUCAAGCUACCCAGUUUUAAAGAUAGGAACCCGUCUGACAAGAGAACUUCUACAGAGAUUACAGAAAAAUACUUUUCACAGGUCAGUGCAUUGGAGAGACAGCGAAUCUAUGACUUCUACUACACAGACUAUCUGAUGUUUAACUACACCAAGCCUUUUAAAGAUUUAUACUGACUUUCAUCAACUCUUGAAAUCCAGUCACAUUCCUGUCUACAUCUCUACCAUGACAGUAAUUUUAACAUUAAGAGGCUAACUCACAUGCUCACAUGGAUUUUUGAGUCCAGACAUCAGAUACUGAACUUCCUCCGAAUUUUUGCUUUUUACAUCUACAUCUCUACCAGAUUACCUUCAUUUUCAGACAGUGACUUCUAAGUGAUGAAAAGGUUCAUGUGGUUUUCCUCUAAAUUGUCCUGAAAUGGAAGUUAUGUAUUCACGACUAGCACACAGUGAGGUAGAAUAUUAAAAUAAUAAAUGUUAUGCUUCGUGAAAAAAGUUUAUUAAUGUUCAACAGGCUUUAAAUUAUGCCUUACUGUGAGUCAAAUAGGAUGCAUUUUAUGGUUUGUUUCAACCUAGGUGUUCCAUGGAUGCAAUUUAAUAUAGGUUCUAAUCACGUUCCUAAUUCAGAAGCGAUAUCUGUAUGCCGGGCCGUAUAUUAUGCGUGAUCCCAUACUUUAAGAAUAAUGAAACCACAACAUUUAUGAAAACAGUUGCUUGAUUCCUUGGUUGAGCUUGGAUAAAGAUCAAGUAAGGAUCACUGCCUGCAAUUUGGACUCUGCAUUUGAAUAUUAAUUAUUUUUAAUUUAUUUGCAUUUACUAUUUGACUCACAGCAGGUUAGGCAUCAGUAUACCUCUAUGUAUCAGUGCAUACUAAUACAGAUAUUACAUGUAAAUGGGUUUACUAAACAUAAAACUUAACACUAUAAAUAGUAUAAAUCUCUAAAAUGUGUCAAGUGCUGCCCACCUGGAAGCUGUGUGCACUUACUGUAGCAUUUUUGUAUUUCUAACUUUGUCAGUUAGGUUUGUGCUUUAGUCUAACACAUACAUGUGCUGUAGGAACCCCCCCCCCCA